CAAGACUAAUUUUCAUCAUUUUCGUCGCUUAUCAACGGUACGCGAAAAUGGCAGCCAAAAUCCGUUACGCUACAGAUCUGGAUAAAACUGUUCUUGUAGGGAAUUUUGACAAGCGAGGAUGGAUUCAAGUAGGAGGAGAUGAUGACUGGAAUUUUUAUUGGAGCACUGUUGGGACAACCAGAAAUAUCUUCAAUGUAGACAGUGGCUAUCGCAUGCAAGAUGAUCAAGUUUUAAACCAUUUUCCAAACCACUAUGAACUGACACGCAAGGACCUGAUGGUGAAGAACAUCAAACGUUAUCGCAAGGAUCUAGAGAAGGAAGGGAGCCCUCUAGCGGAGAAGGAUGAACAGGGCAAAUACAUGCAUCUAGACUUCAUCCCAGUCACUUUCUUGCUGCCAGCAGACUACAACCUGUUUGUUGAAGAGUUCAGGAAAAAUCCUUCAAGUACCUGGAUCAUGAAGCCUACAGGAAAAGCAAGGGGAAUUGGAAUCUUCCUGAUCAACAAACUCUCUCAGAUUAAGAAAUGGUCAAGAGACAGCAAGACUUCAUCGUUCCAAGCACCAUCUGCUAAGGAUGCUUACGUAAUCUCCAAGUAUAUUGAUAACCCAUUACUGAUCGGAGGAAAGAAGUUUGAUCUGCGUAUCUACGUCCUCGUCACAUCGUACAGACCUCUCAAGUGCUAUCUAUACAGGCAAGGAUUCUGUCGCUUCUGUACUGUGAAAUACAACGCCAAUGUGAAUGAGCUGGAUAACAUGUUCAUACAUCUAACCAAUGUGUCCAUACAGAAACACGGGGAUGAGUAUAAUUCUCACCACGGUGGUAAAUGGACAGUUCAGAACCUGAGACUACAUCUGGAAGGCACCCGGGGAAAAGAGGUAACUGAUAAGCUCUUUGAUGAGAUGAAUUGGCAGGUUGUGCAUUCUCUAAGAGCCGUCUCUACUGUGAUGGCCAAUGAUAGACACUGCUUUGAGUGUUAUGGGUAUGACACCAUCAUCGAUGACAACUUAAAACCAUGGCUUAUUGAAGUAAACGCGUCUCCAUCACUGACAUCAACGACGGCCAAUGACCGAAUUAUGAAAUACAACCUCGUCAACGACACCAUUAACAUUGUCAUGCCGAAUGGAGAAACACCAGAUGUGAGAUGGAACAAGAUACCUCCUAAAGAAUGCUACGGACACUAUGAUCUGCUGUAUGAUGAAGAACUUGCCCAGCUUGACCUCAGCGAGCGAGAGGUCAGAGGUCGUCCAGGAGCAUCCACAUUGUUUGGGGCUAGGGGUCGCGACUCAAAAUCAAGAACAACAACAUGGAAAUGAAGUUAGACGCAAGUGGAGUUCUUGUGAUGUUGAAACGCUCAAGGAUUUUCUCUGCAGAAUUUGGGCCUGUUGUAGCUGUACAAUAACUUUUCCUGAGACUGCUGCAAUUUAGAAACUUCACUGUGCAGUGUCGUAGUCGAGUGGUUUAGCACUUGACUUGAAAUUCCAAGGUCAUGGUUCCAUCCCAACACGGCACUAAUGUCAUUUGGCAAGGUAUUAAUCUACCAGGUGAGGUAAACAGUUACCUGGCAGGAAUUAAUUCCUUGAAAUGUAAUGGCAGUUAGGCUAAAGCCUGGGUAAUAAUUUAUUUGUGCGCCUUGGAAUAGAAUUGUCUUAAUAGACGGCGCUAUAUAAAUGCCAUUUAUUAUUAUUGCAUGUAAUAAUAAUAAUAAUAAUAUCUUGUUUACCAAGG